GGCGUGGCGAAUUCAAUCAAGAUGGAGUGGACCGUCUAGUCCGAUUGACGGCCGGAUAAAAGGUUCUACUGCUCUGAAUUUUCCCCUUUGACAUCAGCACUGUCGCUUUUGUCGCUCUCCAGAUUUUCAUUUCACGUGUCCGGAAUUGCAGCAGCACAGAAUACUUCGUCAUGUACCUACCGCGAUCAUUGCCUCUGUGGUUGCUUAUCCUGAGUGCCCACACACUUACGGUUCAGCUCGAUUCCAUAUCGUCGAACUGUCAGAAUGUUUGCAACAUAUUGGAGAGCGAAUUCGGGCCCACAGCUCUACAUUACUACGGACAGGACAACUUUACGAUCUGGGAUGCCAAGCAGCUUGAAGUUCAAUACGCAUGUCGUUUCGAACCUUCCAACAAGACGGAAGUCGCUGCCGCUCUUCGUGUUCUCGCUGACACUUGGUGUAACUUUGCUGUCAAGUGUGGCGGCCACUCUCGCGACCCAGAUUUCUCGAACUCAGUCGGUGGUGUAACUAUUGACUUGAGGCGCUUGAAUGGCGUGGAGGUGGCAAUGAAUGGGUCCGUUGCAAGGGUCGGUGGUGGAGCCGUUACGGCGGACGUCUAUUCCGCGCUCGAUGCUCGCAACCUGUCUUUUGUUGGUGGGCGCGUAGGCAGUGUUGGCGUUGGUGGCUUUGCUACAGGAGGAGGCACCUCACCGCUUUCCUCUCGUCACGGGUGGGCACUUGAUAACAUCUAUGAGUAUGAGCUGGUCUUGCCGAACGCCACCUCUGUCACAGUGAACGAGCACCAGCAUUCUGAGCUCUAUUGGGCUCUUCGCGGCGCAGGUGGCGGGAAUUUCGGCAUCAUUACCUCCUUCGUCAUACGAACGUUUCCACAAGGACCAAUAUACGCGGGACGCCGGACCUGGAACGACACAUACACAGAUCAGGUGGCAGAUGAGGUAUAUGACCUGUAUACAGGCCAAGACCACAACACACAAGUGUCUGCCGAUUUCUACUACGGCUACGUCCAAGCCGAGGAUAUAUUCACCCCGACCGUCAAUCUGAGGUACUUUGAUCCAAUGAAUACAACAGGUAGUCCUCCCGCAUUUGCGUCCAUCGAUCGAAUUCCCGCCGCGACGUUCUCCGGACAAAUCAGCAGCUUAGGCAACAUCACCGGACCGGGCCGUAUACCAGCUACUCCACCGCCUCAAAGACAUUUGUUUCAGACUACGACCGCCUUUCCAUCUCGCGAGUGGCUACAAGGGUCGUUACAGAUCUUUCGUGAGGAAGUAGAAGAUAUCAAGUCCGUGGAAGGUCUGAAUCCUCAAAUCAUCACGUACACAAUCCCAUCGCGUGCUAUUCAAGGUAUGGCCGAUCGAGGAGGCAAUGCUCUCAACUUAAGCAACGUACAAGGACCAUUAUUUAUAACGCUCUUGAGUACCGCUUGGCUGCGUGAAGAAGAUGAUGUACUAGUUGGCGACUUCUAUGAUCGACUAUUCUCACGAUUGGAGGACGCUUCGAGACGGCUGAAUGUUUAUCAUCCCUAUAAGUAUGUAGGCUACGCCAGACUGGGAGAAGAUAUCUUCUCGUCUUACGGAGCGGACAACCGCGAGAAGCUGGUGCAGAUACAAGAGAGCGUUGAUCGUAAGGGCAUUUUCACUUCUAGUGGUCUAUGCCGCGGUGGUUUUAAACUUCGCUGAAGGUUCGGUUCUUUCUGGAGCAUUGGGUCUCCCGGGAGUCACUGCUCCUAAUCUGGCAUGACCGCCCGGAACGCAUGUUGUAAGGAGGUAAGGGAAAGCGUAUAGGAAUAACAGGGUAAUUAGUAUUGGGUAUGUAGUUAUUG